AUGUCUCAAACUUCGCCGGAAAACUAUGACCGUCUCCUUCAUCAGUAUCUCAACAACUCAUCAUCCAUUCGAGAUGCUUUACUUGAACCCCUCCCCCAACCGUCGUCUCUCGAAUCAGYAUUUAUGCAACAAGCCACGAUCGAGUUGCAGCAAUUAAAGCUACAAGACGCCGUCUUAGGCCAGAUCGCUGCGUUUAUGCGGAACCAUGACCGUAAUCCUACUCUUCCUGACACUUUGGAUUGUUUCUCCCCAACCGUUUUCAGCAACAAUCCACGUAUGAAGUUCUUGAACCGUAGAGAAGGAUUAGAUGAAUCAAUCUUGCCUCCAGCGGAGGACACCAUCUACACGAGAGUCCAUGAAGCGGAGGGCAGAACAGAAAAGAUAGAUGGUCCGGCGUUAGAGCUGGAGAAUUCGAAUAUGGUGAGGGCCCUGUCAUGUAGUCGCCAUCUUCAUCAUGAGUACUCGUCUUUGGAAGAAUUAAGGGGCCGGAUAAUGGAGGUGGCCAAGGAUCAAAAUGGGUGUCRUUUCUUGCAGAAGAWAUUCGARGAGGGRAGCGAAGAGGAGAUAGAGAUGAUCUUCUCGGAGGUGAAGGACCAUGUGAGCCAGUUAAUGGUGGACCCUUUUGGGAAUUACCUUGUUCAGAAGCUUAUARAAGUAUGCAAUGAAAAUCAGAGAACAGAAAUUCUUCAUGUUGUUACGAAAGAGAAAUUUGAACUUGUUGCCAUAUGCCUUAAUCCUCAUGGGUACCAUUGGUUACUCUGUUAUUGUUUGAGAGAAAUGUGA